AUGGAAGGACACGAAGGACACAUGAUGCCAGGCAAUCACGACAUGUCAAGUAUGUCAGGACACGAGGGUCACGCAAUGCCAGGCCACGAUAUGCCAGAGGCGAGCUGCUCAAUGAAUAUGCUUUUCAACUGGCAAAUAAACAACGUCUGCGUUGUUUUCGAGAGCUGGCAUAUUCACAAUGCUGUUGAGAUGCUGAUAUCAUGUAUUGUUGUAUUCUGUAUUGCAGCAGGAUACGAAUAUCUACGUGUCUGGACAAUGACUUUACAAGAUCAAUGGUCUCAAGCAGACAAAAAGAAACUAUCCGACCAGCAAACAUUGGUGGGUGGUCAUACUGAAGAUGGGUAUGAAAGCGCCAAUGUCACUACAACCUCAGAUUCAGUCUGCUUCUUGAGAAAGGAUAUGAUUUUAGCUAGACGUUCCAGCAAGCAUCACGUUUUGAGAUCUAUUAUCUAUGCUGUGCUUGUCGCCAUCAGUUUCUGGUUGAUGCUUGUGUUCAUGACAUACAAUGGGUAUUUGAUGAUUGCAACAGUGUUAGGAGCAGGUUUUGGACAUUUGAUAUUUGGAAAUGGUAAAUUAAAUGCGAGUCGUGAUAUACAGUGCCAUUGA